GCCGGAGCCAGAGCCAGGGCCAGAGCCGGCUGCUGCGCCGGAUGAGGAGACCAUCGUCGCCGAGGAGCCUGCUCCUCCCCCGUCGCCGCCACACCCCCCAACGACGCCGAACUGGGGCUUCUCUGUGAGCGCCCUGAUCACAGGAACAGUGCGCCGAGUCACCGCCAGCCUGCCCUUCCCAGCGCUCAGGACACCAGCGCCGGCGACGCCCAUUGCGGCGCAUGCCGCAUCAACACCUCCACCACCACCCAUGACGGCACCCGCACCGCUACGCAGCGCCCGUAAGGCCAAGACGCCCCCCCACCCCGCGAGCGCCCUCCCACCGGCGCGGAGAAUGUCAACAGAGGAAAAGGCGAAACUGGCCUACGAGCAAAAGGAUCGCAAGAUGCUCAAAACACUCCUGAGGAUCUCCUUCAAAAAUGAUAUCCUGAGAAAAGUGCCCGAGGCAGAUCACGAGCUGGCCCUUGCUUGGCUGGAUAACACGCUCAGCGUGCUGAAACUCGAGCAUCUGUUCGCUUUCCUGACCAACACCACCAACCGUUAUGACUUCCCCGACCUGGACGACAUGGAGUCGAUACCCGCCAACCCUCCGUGGAAGGAAGGAUGCGGUACCUUCAGCCUUUAUGGCGGUUUCAUCGACGACUCCGAUGACGAUACCACCGUGACCGAUGACGGGCUUCCCAAGGAGUUUAUUUACGUCUGGAAGAUGGAGCAGUUGGCCAGGCUACCCCACGAGCGUCCAAUCAAGCGACGCAAGAUGAAUCACAUGACAUCUACACCUCUCAACGUGUUUACUCCCCGGCCUGCCUUCGCGAACUCGCUUGGCGCUUCAGUCUCGAUCAACGAUCUUCGACCACGUUCAGCGGUCAUACCAUCACCUAUCUUCGACAACGUUGAGGCUGAAUACCAGGGUGGCAAUGUCUUUGAUCAGGACAGGGCUGCGACGUCUGUGGCCAAGGCGCCAGAUGAUUUUGAUGGAAGAUACGGCCUUUUCGACGACGACACAUUAUUCUCUGACGAAGACACCGUGAUAGAGACACCGAGCAGACGCGGCCCUUCCACUCCACGACCCUUCGCUUCCACCUCGUCCACUCCACGACCCUCUGCUUUCACCUCGGCCACUCCCCAGCCCUCCGCUUUUACCUCGACUACUUCAAAUGCUUCCACUCCAAAUGCUCCCACUCCAAAUGUUCCCGCUCCAAAGGCUGGUAAUAUUUUCGCCUCUGCUACCGUAGCGUCAUCUGUUUCAGCCUCACCAGCGUUGGUUCCAUCUGCCUCGACUCCAUCUGCUCCAUCUCCAUCUGCUCCGGCUCUAUUUGCUUCAGCUCCAUCUGCUUCAGCUUCCCUCCCCCCAGCUGCAUCUGCUCCAGAAUCCACGACUCCGCCUUCUUCACCUCCACUUUCUGCGAUCGCUCCUCCGGUCCGCUCUUCACAGCCAUCAUGGACGCAGUCUCCUCCCCCAGCCCCGAUCCCUGCUCAUGCAGAGCUCCCUGCACUGUCUACUACUCCUCGACAUCAAGCAGCACCAACACCUUCCACCCAACCGACCAAGCGCAAGUAUUCCUCCCUCCAGCAGAAUUACACACCAACCAAGCCGAGCCCAUUGCGUCAGCAUGAUACGGGCAAUAUGGAUUUCAUUUUAGACGGUAUGCCCACCCCACCAUCUGACGAGUCCGAUCAGUCUGGUUCUACGCCGCCUAGAGUCAAAGAGCUCUCCUAUUUCCUCUUCGCAGGCAUUAGCCCCCCAACAUCGCCCCAUUGAGACACAGCAGCAUGCACCCCCUUCUUGUACUUUGACUUGGCCCUUCCGGUCUUCUUUCUUCUCAUGCCAUGUCUUAUACCCCCUGUUAAAUUGCAUAGCGAGAAAAAGUUCUGUCUGUAGUAUAACAGUAGCUAGAUUGCGAGUAAUUUUCGUCUUUAGUGGCAUGCCACUUAAUAGGGCGAGGGGACCUGGUCCCUGGUAGCAAUAGGUAUUUUUGAAUUACACACAAUUCGAGUAUUAUAUUGGCUUCAUUUCUAGAUUCAGUGACUCGUGAACUUGUGUACAACUCUUUUUCCACUGAAUGUGGUACCCCAACUCAUUAUCAAGAAUCUAAAUACGCUUCCAGGAUGGCAUUUUGAACGCCUGGUAAACUCGCUAGGCCACCUCAGAUAGUGGUGAAGAGCUGUACACAGAGUGGAAAUGCUAGUCCGU